AUGACUGCUACAAAAAUUUUAAAAAAUCAAAAAGGCGAAGGAGGCCCAAAAGUUUUAUUAAAUUCUGGCCACCUAAUUCCAUUAAUUGGAUUAGGUACUUAUAAAAUUGUUGACCAAACACUAAUGGAUUCUUCUGUGGAUGCUGCCCUCAAAUGUGGCUAUAGAUUCUUUGAUACUGCAAAAUUGUAUAAAAAUGAGAAGCAGCUGGGCAAUAGCCUUGAAAAAUUACUUCCAAAAUAUGGAUUAAAUCGUGAAGAUGUAUUUCUUCUAACCAAAUUCUCUCCCUUUCCUGCUGAAAAAGCUAGUGAAGAAGUGCCAAAAUUAAUUGAGGAAUCAUUGGAAAAUUUAAAAACAAAUUAUAUUGAUUUGGUAUUAAUUCAUUGUCCAAAACCCGAUGAAAAUAAAAAUGAAGACAAAGAAGGGAAUAGUGCUAGUCGAAAAAUAAAUUGGCAGGCACUUGAAAACCUUUCGGAAGAAAAAGUCCAUUCAAUUGGGGUGUCUAAUUAUGAAGUUUGCCACUUGGAAGAAAUGAAUAAAUAUUUAAAUAAAAAACCGGCAGUUAAUCAAAUCGAAUUUCAUCCUCAUUUUCGAAGAAACGAAAUUAGAGAAUUUUGUAAAAAUGAGGGAAUUCAUUUACAAGUUUUUUUUGAGGAUAAUUACAAAGAAAAAAUUUUUAAGGCAUUUUCUCCAAUGGCCAGACAACAACCAGAAUUAUUAAAUGAUCCUGUGGUGAAGAGAAUAACGGAGAAACACAAAACAACUCCUCAAGUUAAAAUAAAAUAUUUUUUGAAAAUUAUAAUUUUUACAGAAAGUGCUGUUAUCUUUUGCUAUUUCACAAGGUCUGAGAAAAUUUUUCUACCUCAUUAA